AUGUUUAUUAUCAACUGGUUCUGGGAUAUCCUCGCUCAAUUGGGCCUUGCCCACAAAAACGCCAAGAUUCUUUUCCUUGGUCUUGACAAUGCAGGCAAGACUACCUUGUUGCAUAUGCUGAAGAAUGACCGCCUGGCUACGCUGCAGCCCACGCUUCACCCCACGUCCGAGGAGCUGGCCAUCGGUCAAGUCAAGUUUACUACGUACGAUCUUGGUGGUCACCAACAAGCUCGUCGUCUCUGGAAGGACUACUUCCCCGAAGUCGAUGGUAUUGUGUUUUUGGUCGACUCCCAGGAUCAGGAACGGUUCUCAGAGGCUCGUGCCGAGCUCGACAAGUUGCUUUCCAUUGAGGAACUGAAUAAGGUCCCUUUCCUUGUCCUCGGCAACAAGAUCGACGCUCCCGGCGCCAUCUCUGAGGAAGAACUCAGGCAAGCGCUUGGUCUUUACCAAACUACGGGCAAGGGCAACGUUCCGCUUAAGGACAUCCGUCCCAUUGAGGUCUUUAUGUGCUCCGUCGUGAUGAGGCAGGGGUACGGUGAGGGCUUCCGAUGGCUCUCGAGCUACCAGUUUGGCCGCACGGCGCCCAGCGUCUUCGGCAGCUUUACGGACCACCGUUUCAAGUCAUAUUUCGGUACCAUGGUCAGCUCCCAGCGUCGUGUAAAUCGCAAGGCCCACUUUGAUGCUCCGAGCCACAUCAGGAGGAAGAUGAUGUCUUCUCCUUUGAACAAGGAGCUCCGUACUGAACACGGUAUCCGCUCUCUUCCCAUCCGCAAGGAUGACGAGGUUGUUGUCGUUCGCGGCACUUCCAAGGGCUCCGAGGGCCGCGUUGUCCAGGUCUACCGUAAGAAGUGGGUCGUUCACCUUGAGCGCCUCCACCGCGAGAAGAGCAACGGCGCGACGGUGCCUAUUCCCGUUGACGCUUCUAACGUUGUGAUUACCAAGAUUAAGAUUGACAAGGACCGCAAGGCGUUGCUUGCGCGCAAGUCUGGUAAGAGCGUCGAGGAGGUUCAGGCCUAA